AUGUCAGUUAUCUACCAGGCCACAUCGUCUUCGCGUCAGGUAGACGGGUGUUUUACGCCUAGUAUAGAGACCAACUCGGUCUCCAAGAAUGUUUUGAAGCCAAGAUCGAAACUGGACUUUGUUCAGACGCCAAACUCAAGCACUAUACCAUCGCCGCCACUUUCGCCCACCACCUCUAAUUAUGACGGCAAGUUUGCCGAUUUGGUGAUGUCCCCCUUCAGGAUGGAACUUCCGGAACGCGGUUCCACUCCCAGUUUGGAGGAAUUGGUGGAGAAGGCCGUCAAUGUCGAACCAUUUCCGAUCCAGGACUUGUCAAAGACAGAGCUGUGCAUCAAUCCGUGGUCGGAUUUGAACAAGCCCGGAUACAAGAAGAGACAGCUCUCGUUUUUGAGACAGUACAAGUUGAAUGGAGCCAAGAGCAACUCCGCAGCAAUCAGAAGAAAAUUCGCCACGGUGAAUCGCCGGAGAUAUUACGUUUCUGACGACACUGAUGUUACCGCUAGUGCGGCUGAAGAGCGCGUGAGGACAAGAAGAGUCGCGAGAGAACGCACUGUUGAAUUUGACGAUUCUGACGUGUCGUCUGCUAAUAACACGGUGAGAUCUGUCGCACCUUCGACUCCAAAGAGACACAGGGCUAUCAAGACGUCGUCCCCAAGAGUGGACUCACCUUCUCUACCAAUCUACAAUUACGAGGCCAUCACAGACUACUGCCCUCCACUCGAUUCCUUGCCCGCUAACAACACCAAGUGCUUGAAGACCGAGUGGAAAGGUCAGCCAAUGGACCUGUCACAGGAUCCUUUGAUUGGCAAAUUGCAUCCUGCUGAAGUUGUGCUUGCGUCCGUUUUAAGAUUGCCUGGUAAUGUCUAUCUGGACUCCAAAAGACGGUUGUUUGCCGAGAAGGUGUCUCGCUCCAGAAAGGGUCUUCCUUUCAGAAGAACCGACGCCCAAAAGGCAUGUAAGAUCGAUGUCAACAAGGCCAGUCGUUUGUUCGCUGCUUUCGAGAAGGUUGGGUGGUUACAGGACAAAAAUUUCACCAAGUUUAUGUAA